AUGUCUAAUGUUUCGGUUGGAACUUUCGCACCUGCUCAAGAUCACUCUGAGUUUGCGGUUGUCUUUUCUGCGGUUCAUGAGCCGGUCUGGGAUGUUUCUGUUGAGCCUUGGGCGUCUGGUAGUAACAGCUCUUUAAGCGCCACGAGUAUCGCAGCCGUGUUUCUUGACAUAUUUGCACAAUGCUUGACUCCAAGCAGCGACCAUGAGGCUCAACUCCAAGCGCUCUUAUCACCAUCGGCUUCUCUCAGUUCCACUUCCUCCACAUCCCCCCGACUGAAGGAGAACAGUGCUGAUCCUGAUACUGGCCAACUUGCCACCUGCGGCGUUGGAGACGAGAGUGACGGGGUUGCCAAGUUUGAGGCGGCUGUUCGGAGAAAUGCCAAUAAGCAGCUCAAGAAUGAGAUCCAGGCCUACGAGUGGCUGAGAGAGGUCCAGGGUGCUUUGAUCCCGCGCCUCUACGCCGUUAUGCGCCUUCCCCUCGCUUCAGAAGGCCUGAGUGAAGAGGCCUGUUACCUCGAUGUCUACGUCAUCAUCCUGCAGGCCAUCUCGGGCCCGACGCUGGAGGAUCUACCCGAAAAACCAUCCGUGCUAUCAACCGAACAAGCACUCACGUCAAUCCUCCAACACGUAUUCAACGCGAGGCGCCAGCUCGUCGUCAAAUGA